AUGCGUGCAGAUGGCUUUCCCCAAUCUAAACCAGCCAACGAGGACGUGUGGACCGAGAAAGAGUUCCACAGGAGGCAGGCUUUUCGCGACGGAAGCCACGAGUUCAGGUUCAGGGAUAUUGCCUGGGUAGUGUACUGCUCGUACCGUAACCAUUCCCCAGAAACCUGA